CGCACACGGUUAGUCCCGGGCUCGCCUGAAAGCGGCGACGUGCGGAGAGGCCGUGGGAUGGAAGCGGCUCGCAGCCACUCGGCGCGGCAGGCCGGCGGCGAGCAGGAGCCGAGGGCCGCACCUGAGCCAGCAGGGCAGGUAACCAUGGCAAUGACUGGGCAGCCGACCCCUUACCCCACCAUGAGCAAUCACACAAAGGAGAGGGUCACCAUUACAAAAGUUACCCUUGAAAACUUCUACAGUAACCUGAUCGCACAGCACGAAGAAAGAGAAAUGAGGCAAAGAAAAUUGGAAAAGGUCAUGGAAGAAGAAGGGCUAGGAGAUGAUGAGAAACGAAUGAGACGGUCCCAACACGCCAGAAAGGAGACAGAGUUCUUGCGGCUCAAGAGGACCAGACUAGGAUUGGAUGAUUUUGAAUCCCUAAAAGUUAUAGGUCGAGGUGCAUUUGGUGAGGUGCGUCUUGUACAGAAGAAGGACACGGGUCAUAUCUACGCCAUGAAGAUCCUGCGCAAGUCAGACAUGCUGGAGAAGGAGCAGGUUGGGCAUAUCCGUGCAGAACGGGACAUCUUGGUGGAAGCUGAUAGCCAGUGGGUGGUGAAAAUGUUCUACAGCUUUCAAGACAAACUCAAUCUUUACCUAAUCAUGGAGUUCCUUCCAGGAGGAGAUAUGAUGACCCUGCUGAUGAAGAAGGACACAUUGAGUGAAGAGGAGACACAGUUCUACAUAGCCGAGACUGUGCUGGCCAUUGAUUCCAUUCACCAAAUGAGUUUCAUCCACAGGGACAUCAAGCCAGACAACCUGCUCCUGGACAGCAAGGGACACGUUAAACUGUCUGACUUCGGCUUGUGCACAGGACUGAAGAAAGCUCACCGGACGGAAUUCUACCGCAACCUCAGUCACAGUUUGCCGAGCGACUUCACGUUUCAGAACAUGAACUCCAAGCGGAAAGCAGAGACCUGGAAGAGGAACCGGCGACAGUUGGCUUUCUCCACAGUAGGGACCCCGGAUUACAUUGCACCUGAAGUAUUCAUGCAGACCGGCUACAACAAACUCUGUGACUGGUGGUCACUUGGAGUCAUCAUGUACGAGAUGCUGAUCGGUUACCCACCCUUCUGCUCAGAGACUCCCCAGGAAACGUACAAGAAGGUGAUGAAUUGGAGAGAGACCCUCACAUUUCCACCAGAAGUCCCCAUUUCAGAGAAAGCAAAGGACUUAAUUCUGAGGUUCUGCUGUGAAUCUGAAAUGCGAAUUGGGGCCAAUGGAGUGGAGGAUGUGAAGAGCAAUCCGUUCUUUGAAUGUGUGGACUGGGAGCACAUCAGGGAAAGGCCAGCAGCUAUAACAAUUGAAAUAAAGAGCAUUGAUGAUACAUCGAACUUUGAUGAAUUUCCUGAUUCGGACAUCUUGCAGCCUGGAGUAUCACAGGCAGGGCUAGAGAGUAGUGGUAAGAAGUGCCUGUCCUCAAAGACAGUUGCAGUGAGCAACCAUUCAGAGUCGGAUUACAAGAACAAGGACUGGGUCUUCAUCAACUACACGUACAAACGAUUCGAGGGACUGACUGCCCGAGGAGCAAUCCCCUCCUACAUGAAAUCCGGAAAAUGACAAACUUUGACCCCAGGGGCUCACGUCAUUGCUUUAGUGCCUAUCUUUUCUUAGCAACUCGAUUCAUCCUUUGGUGGAGCCUUACUGCUGUGGAUAGUGACAGUUGUGAAGGACUGAAGAUUUUAUUCCUAAUAUCCAGAUAUCUUGUAAUCUCUCUUCCCGUGCGGCGGCAGGGCCGGUAAUUUGAUGGGAGGCGGCCCCAGAAUCAGCCCCUGACCUGCGGGCUGCCUGAAUCAGCAGCACUGGUGGUGGAUGGGUCAGUUGGAUUCGCAGGACAGGUGCAUGCCUGGAGUUGGAGCCUCUGCCUUUCACCUGUGCGUUCCCUGCCUGACUGCCCAAUCUACACAGAUUCCUCCUGCCCUCCAGCAAUGGUGUCCAAUACGGAGCUAUGUGGCGUUCCUGUCAUUAACCGCUCCUUGGUGGGUGGGUCAAGGGUAUCUUAUUUCUCCCCCCCCCCCCCCUCCCUCCUGUUUUCUGUCCAGUGUAGGAAGCAAUUAUUUGUGACAUUGAAGUUUGUCAGCAUUGUGCAAAUUCUAGUUCCUGCCCCGGGUGAAACAGUCGCAGCCCAGUGCAGACAGCAGUGUAAUGAGGUUCCCUGUGUAAAGAAUGGGUAUAAAUCAGCCCAGUGAUGGGCAAGGCAGCCAGCCUGUCCACAGCUGGUCAGCUUGUGCGUGGCCCAUGCAUAUCUGGCAACGUACAUGGCUGCAGGUGCCCAGCUGGAUGUGCACACUGGCAAACACACAGCUGCCCGACAGCCGAUCCGUUUGCUUUGUGCUGAUACUGGUUAGUGCCAGCUCCCAUUUCUGUUAACGACUCUGCAAAUACCAAGGUACUAUUCCCAUCAUGUGUUUUUAUCUCUUAUCUGGAUACAUUUAAUUGGACAGGGUUCGUAAAGAACUCUUUGGUGAUUCCUCCUUUCUAACUCCAUGCAGUUUUUAUUAUUUUAUAAGGGGAGCAUUUAUGGUUGGUUCUCGUUUGUAAAUACCGGUUGUGUGUUUGUACCUGUAUAGAAAUGUUUGCCUGAUUUGGCUUUGUUCUCGGGAGGGGCAUGGGAUUGAGUCUGGAUCUCUGCAGGCUUGGCUGAAAACUCUCCUCCCUCCAAAGCCAAGGUCUGCGUUGAAGUAAUACCUCACAUUACAAUGGGUAUGUGUUCCUGGAAACCAUUAUGUGAAAUUUCAUUAGAGCGGCCAUUUUAUAAUGUACAUAUAGUUACGUAGCCAAAAAUAGGGGAAAGUCAGGGAUGAACGUUGGGAGGCCCAAGAAUGGAUUUUGCUGCAAUUAUUUUUUUUGUUAUAUGGGGCUUUGGAAUCUGAGGUAUUAUUGUCUUUGUUUGUAGUUUGUGCACCAGCUCCAUUGUGGAUGGGCUGAUAAUUGAAAGUACAGUCUCUCUAUCCCCAUUUAAUCCUGCAUAGUUAAUUGGAAAUCCCUGCUCAUUUUUCUCCUUGCUUCUCUCCACAACCACACCCUCUCCCCCUUGUCUUGACUCGACUGAACUUCCAGGUCCAGUAUUACUUUAUAACCUAGUAUAUCAUUUGCUUAUAGAAUGCCCACACAUUUUUUUUCAGUGCCACUUCACCUAUUAGGGGGCAAAAUAUAAAAAUCCAUGAUGCUGCUACAUGUGGACCAGAUAUUUUGGUAAUUGCUGGCCAAUGAUAUGCUGAAAGCGCUUAUGCUGUAGAAAAGUCACUUUUUGUUUAGUCUUCCUUAGUUCUUCUAGCUGUGUCCUCGUCCUGGGCAGCACUCGAUACCAGAAGGAAGUACAGCAUGCGACCAGCUGCUUCCCAAAGGCUUUCAGCAGAAUCAGAGUCUAGGACAUUGAUGAUGGUUGGGUUUUGGUAUUUCUUGUACUUUAUUCCGAGAACAUUUGUUGAAUAUGUUAUGGAGUCUUAACAACUGAGAUUAAGCAAUGGGAGGAAAAUUAAUAUUCUUCCCCCUUCCCCAAAUCUCAUCACUGCAGGCUGUUAUCACCUUCCUCCCAAUGGUCAGUUCCACUCCUUCCCAAUCUCCCAUCCCCCUUUCACUGGGAUGGUUUGUUCCAUUGGUCUUGGCCUCCAGCAGGAGGGUAUUAGUUUUGGUGUUGGGUGGGAGUGAAUGUCACCCUCACUCCCUGAGAGUGGCUGGUGAAUCCUAAGCCCAUGGGCAGACUUGCAACUGAGUGGCUGAUGUUGAAAUUGAACGGUGUUUUUUGCAGGUGAUACUCAAACACUGCACACUAAAGGAUGUUCUCUUCAAUGUAGUCCCGUGAUGCUUUGACAUGCUGUUUAUCCACCACUAACUUCAAUAAUAAUAGUUUCAUGGGAUGUUGUUGUAGACCUGACUCAAGUUCAUGUUACUGGAUGCAGAUAUUUUCUGGUGACCAUCUUUGGGCUCUGUGGGACAGCAAAAUUAACAGCAAAUUUAAACUCUCAAUACAUUUCAUUGAAGCUCCUCUGAAGCAGCAGUGUGUCCUGCGAUUUCCUGCUCUUUACCUUUCAGCCCGACUCUGGUGCUCUGUUCCUCACCCUGAGUGAAUGAAUCCCGGUGGCACUCUGCCUGAAACCAUAGGCAUAGAGGUCUGAGCGAUUCGAUCUCAGUGGGACUUGCGCACAUUAUCGGUGUUCCACUGGUGAAAUAUAUCACUAAAUCUGAGGGGGAAGUUGAUGGUCACAGCAGGAGAGGCCUGCUGUUAGUCUUAGCAAUGGAUUUGUCAAUCCUAAUACACAACUGGAGCUGCAAAUAUUCUCCGCCCCUUAAUACUAUGCAAAUACUGAACUAGGUACACAUCUCCACAACGGUCGGUUGAGGAGAUACUCAAGAUAGCCUCACAAAGUUGGCACCAUCUCCCCAAGGGAGGUCAGAGGAGAAAAAAACAGCUUCAUAGCCAGUCUGGAGUUAAAUGAAGUACUUUAUCUGGACUUCCAUAUCCAAAGGAGAGAGUGACUGCAGUUUAUCCUUCAGUACCUGCAGGGUAGGUUUGUAGUUUUGGCUUUGAUGCCUCUCAGUGGUUUGAAGCAGGUCAGCGGAUGAAGUCUCAGAGGAAGGGAUGUGUUUGUGACCAGUGUUGCUGGGCCUGGGGGUGAUUUGGGAUCUGGUGUAAGUAUUGUAUAAGUUGCAGAAUUGCUUUUUAUGAAUAGCCACCUACUUUCUUUAAACCUGUAUUAUAAAAGACCUUUUACAUAA